GUCACCUGCACACGGGAGCAAUGUCGCUGCUCGCUGGACGACAGCUUCCUUGCCGACCUGAUCUCUACCGAAAGGCGAAAGCUGCUGCACUCUCCUUGUACUUGUAAAGUGUAAACCCUUCUUAAUUCUCCGUUGGCCCCGAAAAAGAAAAACCCUUUCUUAAUUCUCAUCCCACCAGACACCGCCUUUGGCUGAUUCUGAAUAUAAAAUUAUCUCCAUAGAAUUCAAACAUGACCUUCCCCUAGCAACGACGAGACAAAGCUCAAGGAAAAGCUCUGCGACUCCGAAACCCACUCCUCAGUGGUUCAAUAUACCGAACCCGAAAACCGCACAUCCGGAAAUUGAAGUUGAAGGAUGGAGAGCAGUACGGAGAAAGCGGCAAAUAGUCGAGUGCCACUUUCGGAUGUGGUAGCGGACUGUGUUAAGCGGUGGUUUAGGGACACGCUCAGGGAAGCCAAAGCAGGUGACAUCAACAUGCAAGUGUUGGUUGGUCAGAUGUAUUGCAGCGGUUAUGGAGUUCCUAGAGAUGCCCAGAAGGGAAGGGUUUGGCUUACCAAGGCAUCAAGGACUAGGUCUUCAGUUUGGAAAGUUGGUAACAAGCGUCCAGGUUAUAAUGCGAGUGAUUCUGAUUCUGAUUCUGAUGAAUUAAAGGAUCAUUCUUAAGCAGAUAUAAUUUUCCUUCAUGCUCUAAAACAUGAAAGGGAAGUCAAAAGUUUCGGGUUCAUUACGGGGGCUGGGGUCAGGGAAGCUUUCCAGACUAUGAGCAUAGAGAGAGAUUAUUUUAUUAAGUUGUUCGGUGGAUCAUUUUUGUUCUGUUGCUGGUUUGGUGGCACCUUCAUCAUGAUCCUUCAAUUCUUAACAGACCUGACAUUUUCGUUGAAUCGUGACAUUGUUGGUUCCCGGUAGAUCGAAUUGACUUCCUGAAACAUAGUUAAUAUUUAUAAUUCAGGAUUAUAUUGACUAAAUAGUUAAAGGAAAUUUCUCCACAUAUUA